ACAGCGAGCAGCUCUCCCUCCGCAAACACCAUGGCUUCCACCGUCCUCUGCGCGCUGUGCGGAGUUAUUCUGGCGGCUGUGGCCAGCCUCCACGGCGUGAGCGCACAGAAAAGUCAGUGUGGCAAGUCCGAGUUUUGGAACUCCGAUUUGGGCGUUUGUGUGCCCUGCGCGUCCUGCAAACAGUACCCGAAGACCCCGUCAUGCAAUACAUGCAAACCUAUGGAGGAGACGCCCGACGUGUGGAAGCUUGCAGCCAUCACCAGCUUUUCGGUGCUGGCUGUGGUGCUGGUCAGCGCUGCUCUGAUCAUCGGGGUCAUGGUGCACAGACGCAAGUCCCAUAAACGGCCUCUACGCGGUAAGACUCACGAGAGAAACUCACCAUUUUGUGAGGCCAGGGCGUACAGAGAGCAUCACAUCUGUGCCCAAAUAAUUCCCAUCCUCCGGUUUGGCCUUAGCCCAUCGAGGAGACUGCGGGGCCACUCUAUCAAGCUUAAACAGAUGAGUAGCCUCAUCUUCCUCUGGAAAGAGAUGCGCGGAAGCAAGGAGCCCGACAGAGGAGCCUCCGGACGAUGA